AUGGACUCGAGGAUCUCCGGCAAAGAUUUUAAUCAGACCAAAUGGACGGCUGACCUUAGAAAGAAUGCCUCGGAUACCGUAGAGGAAGUUGCGGGACGAAUCGGCGAAAUGUAUUUGCACAACGGAAAUUAUCUUCAAUCGAAAUACUCUUAUUCUCCAUAUCAAUACCUGCCGUUUCCAAGCACGUCGACGAAUACGGCGUCGGAUGCCGGCGGCGUCAAAUCCGCCGACGUCUCGAAGCGAUUCCGAGACACGUCGAUUCAAUAUUCGGAUAAUGACACGGUAGCGAUUGCUGGCGACGAUUUGAGCAAUGUGCCGGCAUCGGUAAUUAUACAAUUAGAGAAAGCUAAUAGGACAAUUGCUGCGCAAAAUGUUGAAAUUGAAAGGCUUCGCUCGUUUCAAGACCAAAAUGUGGAAACGAAACUGCUUCGGAAACAAGUCGCCGAGCUCGAAAAGGAAAUGCGCGCGAGUCGCGAGCGUUUCUUGGAGCAAGAGGAGUUGCUGGCGGAGAUGAGCCGAGAAAUGGACAGUCUUCUGCGUGACAAAAUGCAUAUGCAGGCGUCGCUUCAUGAAAUUGAAAGAAAAUACAAAAAAGCGAAAAUGGCGAGUAAAGAAUUAGCAAGAAUCCUAGAGAAUGAUAUGUGCUCGACGUCAAUGCUCAAUGGAUUUGAGUCCGAGAAUGAGGAUGACGGAGGAAUGAGAAGAAGCGAUGAUAGUUUGUUGAAGCGUUCGCGACAACUCUCCCGGCAAAAAGAAGAGGAGGAUUUAAAGGAUAAAUGCGAAAGAGCAAUUGAAAAAGCGGAGCAGAGAAGAAAAAACGAGCAAACGGCAAAAGCCGAAAAGGAUUCGCGAGAAAUGAUGGAAAGAAUAUUGAUAGAGAACGAGAACCUCGUAGUGGAAAUUGAAAGGGAACGUCGAACUGCAAUGUCGUUGCAAGAAGAUCUUGAGAAGAACAGAAGAAUUAUUCUUGAUCGCGACGAGACGAUUGUCGAUCUUAAAGAGAAGCUGAGUAAAGCGGAAACAAAAGCGCAACAAUGCGAAACCGAUUUGUCGCGAACUUGUACCGACCUGGCACUGGAACGCGCUCGAUGUGAUGCUCUUACAUUGGAGCUGCACGAGCUAGACACGUUAUUCUCGCAAACACAUUCAACGGUUCAAGCGUACGCUAUCCAGAAUGAGCAGCUUGAAGAGAAAUGCCGAAGUGCUAAUCAAACCAUCAUAUCGCUUAAUGCUAAACUAGAAGCCCAAGGAAUCGAUUUGGUGGCGACCAAGAAGACGUUGCGAGCGAUUCGAGAUUCAACGAAAUGA